GCGACGAGCGUCGCGCAGACUCCUGCCAGACGGAGGACAAGCGUCGAGGAGAAUCCCCUGUGGCGCGGAGGAGCAGCACCGGAGGGGACUUCCGUGGUACGGAGUAGAAAGGCCGGAGGAACUGCUGUGGGACGGAGGAAAAACGCCGGAGAAGAUUCCUGUGGGAGGAGUGAGGAACUUCGCAACAAAAUCCCGUAAGACGGAAAGGAGCUCGGAGCGGACCGCUGCUGAACGGAGAAGGAACAUCGGAAAGGACUCAGGACGGCCAGCAGCUGGUGGUCUUCCGCCAGGCAGAGGCGGACCGACUUCUAACGGCCCCCGCUGACAGAGCGAGAGCGGCGCGGACGGGGGAGCGCCAACAGGAGCAGGCGUCGGGCCGACUGCACCUGUCGGCGCCGCCGCCGCUGGACAGUCAUGGAGUGUGACCUCGCCAGCAGUCUGUUCUGCUGCGAGGCAGGCGUGUUGCGGCCAGAGCCGGUCUGCAAGGCCAUUCGUGACCCGGCCCUGCUCAACGACAGGCGAGUUCUGGCCAACUUGCUCGACUCGGAGAGUCGCUACCUGCCGUCCUGUUCCUACUUCAAGUGCGUGCAGAACGAGGUGAAGCUGCCAAUGCGGAGGAUCCUGGCGUACUGGAUGGUGGAGGUAUGCGAGGAACAACGCUGCCAAGAUGACGUCUUCCCUCUAGCCAUGAACCUGUUGGACAGAUUCCUCAGUGUGACGAACGUAAAAAAGGGCCACUUGCAACUUCUGGGGGCAGUCUGUCUGUUUGUGAGCUCUAAGCUGAGGGAGACCCGACCAUUGACGGCGGAGCUGCUGACACAGUGCGCCGACAACAGCAUCACCGCCAUGGACGUCAUCGACUGGGAGCUGCUGGUGCUCCACCGGCUGCGAUGGGAGAUAAACGCUGUGACGUCACACGACUUCCUGGACCCGCUGCUCCAUCGGCUGUCUCUCGAGCGGUACCUGCCGCCCUCCAGGGUACCUGACGUGCGGAGACAGGCACAGACCUUCAUCGUCAUGUGCAGCACAGAGUUCAAGUUCAGCAUCCACACGCCGAGCAUGGUGGCGGCGGCCAGCCUGGCGGCGGCCGUGCAGGGCCUGCUGCCGGCUCGGCGGGAGGCCGCCAUGAGCGACAUCUUCAGUCAGCUGCACCGCAUCACCGCCGUCGAAACGGACCUGCUGCGGAGCUGCCUGGAUCAAAUUGAAGAGACGAUCCGCGAGUUCACAGAAGAGCAUGCCAACAACGCAGCAGGUUCAAGCGGGGCGACAUCUAGUGAUGAAAAUACGAAAUAUAGUAUGGCCGAGACACCGACAGACGUGACAGAGGUGCAUUUCUGACGACGUCCUCGGGCAUGGGACGGGUGCCUUUGUUUCGCUGUCCAUCAGUGGGUCCGAACAGACAACUGGCACGCAAUGGCAAUCAUAAGAACAACCUCAAAGCAAGAUGUCGAAUGUUAGUCUGCGAAGACGUAUCAACGUUGGUAACGGCCUCAUGGGACCUCUGUGAACUUCGCAUAGUCAACCGCUGUACCUUGUUGUGUGUAUUGGAUGUGAUGCGCCGUAGCGAGUUGAACGAGAAGAAAAAAUGUUGGAGCAAGCUGAAAAUUUUGACACCAAGACCCAACUGCUUCCACACGGCUUCGAGCACAAACAGUUCAAACAAAUUCGAUAAUGACACGACCUUAGCUACAGCCUGUGACGUCGACCUCGUACACAACCGCGCCGUUAGGCGAACGGUAGCCCACUGCACGCGUCACGUUUGAUGGUCUAAUCAGGUCAGUUCAGGCCCACCGCCCCUCACUCGUUGUCCCUGUUUCGGUCAGUUGAACCCACUGCCCAGCAGCCGCCGUUGUGCUCGGAAAUAGCAAAACCUAGUGUGUGACCGGCUGGCCGUAAAUAACCCAGAGCGGCGAAGCGGGCCCCGGGAUGUAGUGUUGAUUUGACCCCUCUGGCCUGUCGCGCUGUCGGCAUUGAGACGCUGCCGCAGCGGCGUAUAGUGCCAGCGUGUGCUCACGCUGCCGCACCAUCUCCCGACAGACUGGUGCUGCCGAUUAAUGUGUGUGUCAUGCGCUACCAAUCCGGCGGGGUUGCAGAGGCUGGUGAGGAUAUUGGUCACCAAUGACCGGCGCCCAAUGUGCCGGUCACCGGCGGGUGGUGCUGCUGAUCACCAGCGACCGGUGCCCGAUAGUUCUGUCACUGUUGGGGAGUACUAAACGCGCCGAUCUCAGGUCUCGCGUUCCCACCGCGUGCCCGGCGCGUGCCCCCACCCGUACUGCGACGCGGCUGGCCACCGCUGACUGUCUGGCCGGCGAGUCGUGCCGCCGACGUCGCUGUUCGCUGACGACGCUAGUCUUGAGUGCGGCGAGAGCUGGUGAUGCUAUGGGUGUGGUGGUCUGGUCGGCCGGGGCAGCAGCACCAGGUCACCUCGUCUCGGGCAGGGGCGUCAGCUGACCACUGCCACUGUCGCCCGACGCGUGCCGGCGCCCCAACAAGCCAUAUUCCCGAAUAUCAGCUCAUGUGUCUCGCAUUCGAGAUCGAACUGCUGUCAUUCAGAAGCCCCAUGAUUGGGGCUUGGUUGGUUACGGGACUGCCGGCUACGAGCUGUGCUUCCCGGUAGUUCAUGACAGCGUUGUGCGCGUGUCUGUGUGUGCAUGUCGUAUUGCUUGUUGCGAAGCACAACUGUUUGUUUGAAUGCAACUUACGCUUAAUAUUGUACCUCAGAUGUCAUAAGAAUAAACCAUCACACUCCA